AUGAGAUCAGCAGUACUCCUAUCAUCUGCUAGAACGCGACUGGGUCGACCGAGCAUCAUAUCCCGCUCUCUCUCCACGACGGCUGUCCGUGCCAGACCAACCGCCAUCGCGAGAGCCGAGAAAGAGGCCGACCUGAAGAAACACCCAGAGAGCGCCCUGACGCAAGAAAAGUCGUCCGAUCGACCAGGGAAUCGACACUGGACGGCAGAAAAUGCCACCGUGAGCGAGCAAGAUAUUCACGCCGAUAAAGAAGCCGGACCGAAGGAAGACGUAGCCAAAGACUCUGAGAAAACCAGUAACAUGUAA